AAAAUCGUUCGCGACGGCAACCGCACGCCGCUUUAGUUGCGCCACAACAUGCUAGAAAUCAACCCGGAGAAGCUGAUAAAGGCGAUAAAAGCCCGCCCCGCACUGUACAAUAAGAGUGACGGCAUGUACUACAGCCACAGGAAACAUAAGGAGCGAUUGUGGCGCGAAAUAUGCGUCGAAGUUCAUCCAAGCUGGGAGAGUCUUAAACCCGUCGAAAAGGUCGAAUGCGUUCGAGACAUGCAGAAGCGAUGGAAGAGCCUGCGGACGUGUUUCACGAGGGAACUGGCGAUACAAAGAAAGGAAAGGUUCAAAGAAGAAAACUCCAUACCGGUGAAGAAGCGGAAAAAAUAUAGUUAUUUUGAUUCAAUGAGUUUUCUGCUAGGCGACAACCCCGAACAGUUCGAGUUGCGAGAGAGCGAAGAUUCCAGCGAUCCACUGGACGCUCGGUACGAAGGAGACAUAGAAUAUAGCUUCAACGAUGGACAUACAGAAACGAUGAAUAUAACGAAUAUAGUUCCAGAAUCGUACGAAAUGCCAGUAUACGAAAAGAACGAGGAAUUCGAAACGAAAGUCCUCAACACUAUAAAGGGCAUGAAGAAAAGCGACGAUGACGACGACGACAAGCAGUUCAUGAUGUCGUUGGUUCCAAUGUUUAGGAAGUUAACUGAUAAACAGAAAAUCGAAGCUAGGAUUGAAAUGUUGAAAGUUGUGCAGAGGAUAAGCUUUGAAUGAUUCAUAAGAAUAUAAAUGAGGAUGGUAAUUUUUUUUUUUAAAUGCCACUUCGUGUGGUGAUUUGUUCUUCCAGUCCGUAUGAUUAAAUUCAUAAAAGAGGUUGAAGUCUAUUUAUAUGAAAGCAUUGCGUGAUUGGAUGUGAUUGUAGAUGAAUGUAGAAAUCCAAAUUGCGGUCAAAUCACCGAUCAUAUUGUUAAAUUUCUGUUAAAUGGUAUUGUUUGUAUUUAUUUCAUUUCUAUGUUAGGUAAACAAGGGACUUUGUAUGUAAAAUUUUAUAGACUAUAGAUUUCCUUCACUCUAUAGCAUUAAGCGUUUAAAAUUAUUUUUGAAGGAAUUCAUAAAACUAUGGAUAUUUUCGGAUUUCGGAUUUUAUUCAGUUCAUUUCAGAAAUUUACAAUUUGACAGAAUGCAACUACCACUGAUAAUCGAGUUAAUGUCUUGUUUUAUCGUGUUCAAAAAGAAUUCGCUAGCGUUCUGUGAGUUCUAGAAAUCUAGGCAUUGAGAUGUCAAAAUGAUGUAUCGUUGAGAUGAAGUGAUGCAGCGUACUAGUGUCGUUCAGAUGCGUUGAUAAGAUUGUAUUACUGUUUGAUAAGGUAUUUUCCGUUUCAUUGUCACGUUUACGAACUGUUGGUUGAAGCAAUAAAUGAUAUGACGUA